CCGAGGAUGUCCCCCUGACAAUGACCAUGCUGUACCAGGCGAUCGAACUCAGACUCUGGCAAAAGGACAUGGUGCAGCUUGCCCGGUCUGCUCAAAAUGGACUGCUCAGUGAAGAUUCGGCCCGGAACUAUCUCACUCGGCGCCAGGUGCAGACGGUGAUGAAUCGCGAAAUAGAGCUGUUGGAAGUCAUCGCGUUCAACGGUUUAUACUACAACAUGAUCGAAUUUGAUUCUACACAUCGAUGCCGGGUGUAUAACGAGUUCCCGGAGCUGAAUGACAAUUUCUUGGAUCGAUUGUCCUUUAUACGAACAUCAGACGUCCUUUCUAGCCAGCCCUUUCGCAAAUACCACUUCAUUCAUCUUACCUUCCAGGAGUACUUUGCCGCCCAAUACUUUGUUCGUUGCUGGGUUCAGAAUACCUCCCUGGCACGUCUCGGACUGACAUCCUCUGAGAGGGUGACAUGGGUCAAUGCACGGGAGAUUCUCGAAAGCCAUAAAUACAGCAAACGGUACAGUGUAAUGUGGCGAUUUGUUGCAGGCUUGUUUGAGGGAGCUGAGGGCGAAUCGUUCUUACAGGCACUCGAUGGCGAACCCCGAGAUCUGUUGGGCUAUACUCACUUACGUCUGAAGAUGUGCUUCUUUCAUGAGCUUCCCCGCCGUCAAUCCUAAACCAUAGAGAGAAGACGAGAUGAAUUUGAAGAGGAGCUAGAAAGAAGCUUGAAUGUGAGUGUGGAAAACAGACUUGAUUCACGAGCACCCAGGAGUUUCCGUGAAAUGGCAACGAAAAUGGAAUUUCCUGAACCUCUCCUUGAAAGAGCAUUUUUCCAAGGCUCCCACGAUGCAUAUGUUGACUUGAGGGACCGAGCCCAAA